CAAAUAUCAACAUAUACAUGACAGCGAAAGUGGCUGUCUGUUUCUUAUUACCUAUAUUUAUGAGUCCUACUCUCUGUAUACUUCAAGUGUUGAUGUUAUUCGCAUCUGCAAACAAUCCAACCAAAUGACGUCGACGCCCCAAAGUCUGCCGCUUCCCCACCAGAGAUAAUCCAGGACAGCCAGACCAAGCAACUUCAUCACUUUACCAAACAUCUAUCUAGAGCUGAUCACAGACUGUAAGUUCUCCGAUCCAGUUGAAUUCAUCCAAAAAUCCAACAUUUGCAGCAAUUGCACUGCAUCCCCCUCACCUUCCCCCCUCAUCCUCUAUCCCACCAACCCCGCAGCACAAAAAAUCAAAAAUAAAACAAAACACCAACUAACAACAACCCAGCUCCCAUCCUCCUCCCCAACACUUCCUCCAAAAAAUAAAGAAAAUAACCAGCAAAAAUGUCCUGGCACCAAAAGACCUUCACCCUCCCCCCGCGCGCUCGCGGCUGCUACCUAAUCACCGACCACGUCCUCGAGCAGAUCCCCGAACUCCGCAACUACAAAGUCGGCAUGCUCAACCUGUUCGUGCAACACACUAGCUGCGCGCUCUCGCUGAACGAGAACUGGGACGACGAUGUCCAGGCUGAUAUGGCCGAUGCCAUGGAGCGGAUCGCGCCGUAUGAUAAGAGGGGGAACUUGUAUAGACAUUCUGCUGAAGGGGAGGAUGAUAUGCCGGCACAUAUCAAGUCCGCACUGAUCGGUGCUUCGGUCAACAUUCCCAUUUCUAACGGUCGAUUGGCAACGGGUACUUGGCAGGGUAUUUGGUACAUGGAGUUCCGGGCUAGUCGACACACCCGGAAGGUUGUUGCCACGAUUCAGGGUGAAAAGGCAUGACUUGAUGGUGAUGAUAAUGCUUCAUGGGGGCGUUUGUGAUGAUUGUAGACGUAUACGGCAUAUUCCUAUAAAAAGGGGGCUGUUCUAGUUAAUUGGUUGGUUGGUGAGGUGCCCAUUCGAGGUAGCAGGAGAUGUAUGUAUCUUUGGACAUGAUAUUACUACAGAGAAUAUACGGAGUUGGGUCGUCAAGUUCCUCCCAAACUGG